GCCUAUCGGCUUCGGCUACGUGAUACGUCAUGUUUUUAUGUAGUGUAAAAGAUGGCGUCGACGGUGUGUGUUUCUAGGUGCCGACUCUUAUCAAAAUUAGAAAUAAAUCGUGGUUUGUGUUUAUCACCAAUAUUUAGGGAUUUGUUGGAUAAUAAAGAAUCGUGGUGUUGGAGAUGGCGGCCCACUCGACGCACUUUCUUUACAAGCGUUUGCGUUCAUGGAUCAAAAUCGUCACCCACAAAGAUCGAAGAAAAACUUGACGAGGUGUCGGUGACGUAUCGUCGUGGUUUGCCAGUAAUUACUGUUCCUCUGCCGUCGCGUCGUGAGAAAUGCCGCUUCACGUUGCGGCCGGUGUCACAAACCGUUGGAGAUUUAUUGGAACAGUUAAAGGCAGAAGAUCGUGGUGUCGAGCGGGCUGUAGCGAUAGCAGCUGAUGAACGUGUGCGCAUCGCAUCAAGCGACACGGUGGAGGCUCUAUUGGAGAACGACUUUAGAAUAGUCAUCAACGAUACCGAGUAUUAUGUCAAGAGCCCACCUCAGGAACGACUUAGUGCUGAGGAGAUAACACGUUUAAGUGACGUCAGGAAUCUCGUGAACCAAUUAUACGAAGCAUUAAACGUUCGUGAGCACCAGAUUAAGAAAGAGAGAGAGUUAAGAUCGCAACUUGAGAAGCUGUCCAUGGAAUUGCAACCGCUAGAAGAGAAACGGAUGUCCCUAGAAGUAGAGACGACACGAAAGACUUCCUUACUAACAUGGGUAGGCCUAGGUCUUAUGGGAGUUCAGUUUGGAGUCCUAGCCCGAUUGACCUGGUGGGAAUACUCUUGGGACAUCAUGGAACCUGUGACCUACUUCGUAACUUAUGGCACUGCAAUGGCUGCCUAUGCAUACUUCGUGCUAACUAAACAGGAAUAUGUCUUGCCAGAUGUAAAAGACAGACAGCACCUCAUUACUCUGCACAAGAAGGCGAAAAAGAUUGGUCUCGAUAUUAACCAAUAUAAUCAUCUUAAGGAUGAGAUUGACAAACUCCAAAAGGACCUAGCCAAGCUACGUGACCCCUUAAACAUCCACUUACCGGAACACUUAAAAGUGGAGGGAGCCAAACGAUCGCCUCUCACCAAAAUCAAAGACAUGAUAGAGGAGACCUCAAAGAAAAUCAAAAUGACGUAAUAAAAGCGUACAACGCGUCCAUUGAUGCGUAUAGAUUAAGUGUUUGUUAUUCGAAAUGUUUACUGUGUCUCGAUAAAUGGACCAUCCGAUAAGAAAAUUCAAUUCAAACCAGUUGUUAAAUAUUAUUAUUGAAUAUCCUUAGUGCGAAAUAUAAAAAUAUUUUUUUUAAAUAUGUGUAUAGAUAGUGAAUAUU